AUGACGAACGGCGCGCUCAAUCUGCCUCCUGAACCCGACCUCUCAAACUGCACCCGAUAUCCAGGACUCGAGGCCUUCGACCUGCAUUAUAAGACAAUCCAUGCCUACCUCUCCCUAGGUAUAUGUUUUUUCGGUAUCUUCACGAACACACUCAAUGCAGUCAUUCUAACCCACAAUCAUAUGCGCAGUCCCACAAACCUUCUUCUCACAUCAAUCGCCAUUGCCGAUUCGGUGACGAUGAUCGCGUACGUAGCUAAAGACGUUUACCUGCAUUUCAUCACUAGUCCAGAUCCCAUUACUAUACCACAUGGUCGUGGUGGUAUCUACUUCGUGCUCUUGACAAACUUCACCGCAAUAGGAGCACACAUAUUCUCAACAAUUAUGACUGUGAUGCUAGCUGCAUUUCGCUGUUGGGUGCUCUAUCGUCCGCAGUGUCAGGUGUCUUACAAGCACAUCAAGCAAACUGUUGCUGUGGCGGCGGUUCUCAGCUUCGCAAUGUUCGUACUUGGUAUUUCUACCCUGGUUGUGGGCAAACUGGCGCCUCCAAUAGUACCAAAGAACGUCACAAAAGACUACUACUGGUUCGCAGUGCGUGAGGGCCUUGACUAUGUGGACCGAGCCAACUUCGUCAUCUACGGGUGCUUCAGCAAGCUAGCCUCCAGCCUACUCAUUGCUUUCUUCACUGGGCUCAUUCUGGCAGCCAUGGAAAAGGCGAGGCGCAGAUAUCUGAAGUUGAAGCACGGACCCUCGGGACCAAAGAAGACAUUAAUGAGCGAACAAACGAUGGAUACGGAGGGAAAGGAUGUGGGAAAACACGAGUCGAGAGGGAACCACCGAACGACGGUGAUGCUGGUCGCCGUGGUGGUGAGUUUCAUCAUCACAGAGACGCCGCAGGGAGUGAUAACUACCGUGGUGGCCAUCCAAGACUACUGUUUCCUCUACACCUUUUACGCACCCAUUGGAGACCUACUGGACCUUCUUGUUUUGCUUAACUCCUCGACGAAUUUCAUUCUUUACUGCGCCAUGUCAGCGCAAUUCAGAAAGAGUUUCAAGGAGCUUGUCAUGAACGAAGUGUUCCGUAGACUAUGCCGGCAGGAAAGCACCGGAUCUGUGGGAAGGCGAAAUGCCAAAAGACUAGCCGAAACAGUGCUUGUAAAUGAAAUCUAG